UUCAUGUGAAUAAAAGGCAGCGGGCCCACGGCCAGGCCUUCUUCCUGUUAUAACGAUCACCAAAUGGCGGACGACGCCGGUGGUAGGGGAGGCUUUCGCGGAGGUUUUGGCCCGGGCGGCCGCGGUAGAGGACGUGGACGCGGCAGAGGCCGUGGAAGAGGCCGCGGUGCCCGCGGAGGCAAGGCAGAGGAUAAGGAAUGGGUGCCAGUUACCAAGCUGGGCCGCCUGGUUAAGGACAUGAAGAUCAAGUCCCUGGAGGAGAUCUAUCUUUAUUCUCUGCCUAUCAAGGAGUCUGAAAUCAUCGACUUCUUCUUGGGCUCUGGUCUGAAAGAUGAGGUGCUGAAGAUCAUGCCUGUUCAGAAGCAGACCAGGGCUGGUCAGCGCACCAGGUUCAAGGCCUUUGUUGCCAUUGGCGACUACAACGGCCACGUGGGCCUGGGCGUCAAGUGCUCAAAGGAGGUGGCCACCGCCAUCCGGGGUGCCAUCAUCCUGGCCAAGCUGUCCAUCGUGCCCGUCAGGAGGGGCUACUGGGGGAACAAGAUCGGAAAGCCCCACACGGUGCCCUGCAAGGUGACGGGCCGUUGUGGCUCCGUGCUGGUGCGUCUCAUCCCGGCGCCCCGUGGUACCGGCAUCGUGUCGGCUCCCGUGCCCAAGAAGCUGCUCAUGAUGGCCGGAAUCGACGACUGCUACACAUCCGCCAGGGGCUGCACUGCCACACUGGGCAACUUUGCCAAGGCUACCUUUGAUGCCAUCUCUAAGACAUACAGUUACCUGACUCCUGACCUCUGGAAGGACACCAUCUUCACCAAGUCUCCCUACCAGGAGUUCACCGAUCAUCUGGCUAAGACCCAUACCAGAGUGUCGGUGCAGAGAGGCCAGUCUGUCCAGGCAGCGGCCUCCUAAACUUUUGUACAGUGAAACUGUUGAAAUAAAAGUCUGAUAAACAUUA